UACGCACUAGAGUCCAAUUUUUUUAUCCUCCUUGUCAUUCAUUCAGAAACAAAUUCUGCUAACUUGUGCAGACACCUUUGGAAUUUAUCGUUCAGCCUUGAAUUCGGUUUGCACUGGUUAUAGCUGUGAUAGAAUAUUUUAGGUUUAAAAAAAAUCUCCACUGGGUUAAGAAUACCAAAUAUUUUGGAUGGUGUAGAGUGUGACAAUAUCAGUUUAUUGUUUUGAAGUUCCACUGAGUUGUGUCUGGAUCCCUUUGUCUUUUUUCAUACGUACAGAGCUUGGCACUGCUUGUUGGCUGGUCUGUACUUUUAAUACCUGGCAUCCUGCUAGCAACACACGGUAGUGUAUAAUUCAGCUCUGAAUGCUUACGUUGAAGCAAGCUCUGAGAUGUGGGGGUGGCAAGAGCAGACUGUUUGGGACUUGUAGUUCGUAGCACUGGCCUAGAAGCAGGUGAAGUCAUACUAAAGGACUGUGCUUCCCAGAGUGCCUUGCCUUUGGCCAUACAGGAAAGGGAACAGCCAGUAGCCUAUCCUAGUGGGGAGGUGUGGUGAUUGAGAAGCAGGCAAGCCAAUCACAGAGGGGGAAGUGAAGCUAGAGCAGUGGGCUGAAAAUAGAGUGGGGGAGUUAGUAGGUGUCUGACUGUGUGGGAUCAGGCAAGGGCUUGCCUAUGUAACUAGGGCCACUCGGAAGUUUCCUGUCUGCAGCUUCUCCAGAGCAGAGCCCUGCCCAGGCACAGAGGCAGGCAGGCAGGCAGAGGGAGACGGAGCUGACCCACAGGGAAACAAUUCCUGCCGGCCGACAGGCAGACGGACAGACGGCAGGACGGACGGACGGGUGGUGGCUGCGAUUGGCGGCUCGGCGGCAGGCUGGUGGAAAAUGUCGUCGGGAGCAGGUGGGCGGGGAAGACGUGAGGGGAGGGCCUGUGGGGGUGCAGGCGAGGUAGAGGAAGGACCAGUGGGCAUCCCCUUCCCCGAGCACAGUGCUGACCUGCUGGGCAGUCUCAACCGGCAACGGCUAAGUGGGCUGCUGUGUGAUGUACUGCUAGUUGCCCAAGAGAGAGAAUUCCCUGCCCACCGCUCCGUGUUGGCCUCCUGCAGUACCUACUUCCAUAAGCUUUUCACCUCUGGCCUGGCUGCUGACCGCCAGAAAGUCUAUGCGUUGGACUUUGUGAGGCCUGAGGCGCUGGCCGCCCUCUUGGACUUUGCAUACACAGCCACACUCACAGUCAGCCGCAACAGUGUGGUUGACAUCCUAAGCGCUGCCCGUGUGCUGGAGAUCUCACCCGUCCAAGAUGUCUGCACACACCUGCUGGACACCAAAGUGCUCUCCCCGCCGGCGGGCAGUGAGCAAGAUGAAGAAGAGGAAGAAGAGGAGCGAGGAAAGAAUGGAAAAGAGCAGGGCAUCCGGCUGCGUGCCCGUGAGUACUUGGAGUUCUUCCAGAGGGGGGCGCAUUGGGGUAGCAGCUGCAGCACGCCCGAGCUCAGGGACCUUCCCGCACACCUGCACUUUAGCCAACGCAAUGGCGCUGACAGCAAUGGCACGCCCAUCGGCCUUGCUGACUACUACUCCCCACUGGCCCAGGCCCUAUCACAGCCGCCUCGUGACCCUGAAGAUGAUAACGUGGAUGAGGAGUGCCAGGAUGUAGCUUCAGCUCUGGCUCGAGGGAAAGGUGCAGAGGCUCUGAUACCCUUUUAUGCUCCCACUCAGAAUGGACAUUACUACCUCCAUCAGGAAGAGCUUAAAUCAGAGAGGGAGGUGGAGGUGACAGGUGAGCGGGAGCACGAACAAGGCUCUGCUAGUGCUUUGCUACAACAGAUGAUGGACUCCUUGGAGCAGAAAAGGGAACAGGCCACGACAGGUGGAGGGGGUGAGGAGGAUGGGCCUGAGGGCGAAGAGCAAGACGUGGAAUUUUACUUGAAGUACUUUAAUAGUGCACCGCAUGAGGAGGCCACCACUCCCUCCAUGUCUCCAAGUCUGCUACCACUGUGGUCAGUGAGGGGCAACGGAGGUGGAAACCAAGCGACUGGAGGGGGUAACAGCGGUGAAAGGAAGAUGCGCUCUAAAGCCUUCCAGAAGUGCCCCAUCUGUUCCAAGGUCAUCCAAGGUGCAGGCAAGCUUCCACGCCACAUUCGUACACACACAGGAGAAAAGCCCUAUGAAUGCGCCAUCUGCAAAGUGCGAUUUACCAGGCAGGACAAGCUAAAGGUUCACAUGCGCAAGCAUACAGGAGAGAAGCCUUACCUGUGUACUCAGUGUGGCGCUGCCUUUGCCCACAACUACGACCUGAAGAAUCACAUGCGUGUACAUACAGGCUUGCGCCCCUACCAGUGCUCCAGCUGUUUUAAAACCUUUGUGCGCUCAGACCACCUCCACCGUCAUCUCAAGAAGGACGGCUGCAACGGCAUCCCUUCCCGUCGAGGCCGCAAGCCACGCAUACGAGAUUCUGAGCUCCUAGAUGGUCCUUUGGAACUUCAUGGCCCAGACGCAGACAUCGAUAGAGGUCGACGACAUCCGGACAGGGGCACAGGAACAUCAGUCAUGGAGGAAAAUCACGGUAGUCACACGCACAGCCCGGUUGCCGAUGGAGAAGGUAGUGAAGAUUUGACCUCGGGACAAAGGGACUCUGCGACUACGUGAAUCCAUCUUUGUCAGAGAGGGCUUUACUCAAAAAUGAGAGGAAGAAUGAAACAAAAA